GCUGACGCUCCAACGUUCGCAAACUAACUGAUAAAUUGCCACUUCCAAAUCCCCUCAAUGCAUCGAGAAGAAGAAGAAGAAAGCAGCACAGGGGUGGAGAGAAAUGGUUUGUGACAUGAAGCUUAGGAGCUCCUCCUCGCUCCCGAACCUCCUCCUCUCCUCCCUGAACCUCCUCCUCCUCGUCCUCGCCUCCGCGUCCUUCGCUCCCGUCUUCCUGCUCAGGACUUCCCCAACCUCCUCCGGCUGGGCCCUCUUCACGGUCUCCUCCGCCACCGUCCUCUCCUCCCUGCUGGGCUUCUUCUCCCAGCUGACCUGCCUCUGCUUCGUCACCCACGUCUCCUUCAUCCUCGCUUCCUCUGUCGGUCAGGCUCUCAGCUUCCUCGCCCUCUUCCUCCGGCCCGAGCCCAGCCUGCGGCUGUUGGGAUCAGACAGGAGCGGGAAGGAGCAGAGGGUGCUGAUGAAGGUGGAGGAGGCUCUGCUGCUUGGGAUGUUCCUGGUGCAGUCGCUGGCGCUAGUCUCGGCCUGCGCGGUGCAGCGGUGGUGGCUGCGGCAGUACGAGGAGGUGGAGGCCGAGAGGGAGGCGUCGGCAAGGAAGAGCAGCCGGAGGAUGGCUCGCGUGCAGGAGGAGGCCAUCGCCAACGCGGAGGCCGUGGCGAGGGAGUUGGAGGAGAAGACGAGGAGGAGCAAGGAAGGGCGGUGGGCGAAGAACGACUUCGAGGGAUGAGGAAGAGAGGCUUAACGUAUUGUAGAUUGUGUUUGAUGCAAUCGAGCCUUUGGUUUGGUUGAUCACUAUGGGGUGGCCACCAAAUGCAAAGUUCCAGCAUUGCGUUUCUACAUAGUGUCCUAUAUAUAUAUAU